GAGUUUAAGUAUUUCCAGAGAAUGACUAGCACAUCCCGCGUGGAAGGUAAACAGAAUGCAGUGAUAAUGGGUAAAAAAACCUGGUUUUCCAUUCCGGAGAAGAAUCGCCCUUUAAAAGACAGAAUUAAUAUAGUGCUCAGCAGAGAACUCAAGGAACUCCCAAAGGGAGCACAUUAUCUCUCCAAAAGUCUGGAUGAUGCUUUAGCUCUUCUGGAUUCACCAGAAUUAAAAAGUAAAGUUGACAUGGUUUGGAUUGUCGGAGGCACUUCAGUGUAUAAGGCAGCAAUGGAGAAACCAAUUAAUCAUCGAUUGUUUGUGACAAGAAUUCUGCAGGAAUUUGAAAGCGACACCUUUUUUCCAGAAAUUGACUUCAAUGACUACAAACUUCUCCCAGAAUACCCUGGUGUCCCUGCUGAUAUCCAAGAAGAAAAUGGCAUCCAGUACAAGUUUGAAGUGUAUGAAAAGGUUGUCUCGGCACAAUAAAUGAGGCUUUCUGUACUUCU